UCCCAUCCCAUCACUUAGUGACCAACGUAAACAUUUCACCCUUUUUAUUAGAAGAUCUUUGGCUUUGCUUCGAAACUUCUGCAGUACUCCAUCUUGGACAGAAGGCGUCAAAUAUAAAGCCAAACAUAUUUUGCUUUACAGUCUGAAAGAGAGAGAAGCAUUAAUUAUAUAUAUUUGUAUAUACAAAUAUAUAUAAGAUCAGGUUUUAACCCUUUUGGGUAAUUUGGAGGAGGAGAUAAUCAUGAGGGCUCCAUGUUGUGAGAAGAUGGGGUUGAAGAAGGGGCCAUGGACGGCUGAAGAAGAUCAUAUACUGGCUUCUUUCAUUCAGCGAAAUGGCCAUGGAAAUUGGCGUGCACUUCCAAAACAAGCUGGAUUGCUGAGAUGUGGAAAGAGUUGCAGGCUUCGGUGGACGAACUACUUGAGGCCAGAUAUUAAACGAGGGAACUUCUGCAAAGAAGAAGAAGAAACCAUCAUUAAGCUGCAUCAAAUUCUGGAAAUAGAUGGGCUGCUAUUGCUGGAAAGUUACCAGGGCGAACGGAUAAUGAGAUAAAAAAUUAUUGGCACACCCACUUGAAGAAGAGAGUAAUUAAAGAAAAUUUAAUCUCCAUUAAUGAUAAUCAAAUGCCAAAGCCAGCUGAGGAUCUCACGACUCCUGAAAGAACAAUUCAAAUUCCAGGCGAUUCUGUAGGCAUAGAGGGCACAGAUGAUUCAGCAGGUAGUAAAGAGGAUAAAAAGUUGGCAAGUGCAAAAGGAGAGAGUUCGAAUGUAAUGGACUUCUGGUAUAAUGUUUUCAUGCAAACGGGAAACUCCAUUGAAAUACUGCAACAAAGCUCAGGACAAUUUGAGUGGUUGGAGGACUAAAUUUGUAAUUGAAUUCAUGAGUGUCUUCUUUCUAGCUAGUUCAAGAAUAAGAUUGUAAACUUAUUAUCGUACUUAAUUCUGAUAUAUGUGAAUAGGAGAUUUGAUGAUUGUGCCAA